GUUACGUCAUUUGACUGCGCCAUCUCCACAAGCAGGCACAUUUCAAUGACAACCUGCAUAUGUAACAUAUUAAUUACAGAAUAAUAGAGCCACAUAACAAUGCAACGAGCCGUUUUCGCACACAUUGCAUUGCAUGACUGGACGCAUGUUUUCAGUCCUUUGAGGAUACGACAAUGUUGUUUGAAGCACAGAGCACUACCAGUACAGCUCAAUUCUCGGGCAUACAGUGUGAUACCGCCCCCGCGCGACGACGCAGAGAAGGCUCUGCUGCACAGUAUGUUGCGGGUGGACCACGCAGGGGAAUACGGUGCCAACCGCAUCUACGCCGGCCAGAUGGCAGUGUUGGGAAGGUCACAGACAGGACCGCUUAUUCAGGAAAUGUGGGAUCAAGAGAAGAAGCAUCUUGCCAAAUUCAAUGAGAUCCUUGCAGAGAACAGAGUUCGCCCAACGUUGCUGUUGCCCCUCUGGAACGCUGCAGGUUUUUUACUUGGAGCGGGCACCGCUCUACUGGGUAAAGAAGGGGCCAUGGCCUGUACUGUGGCUGUGGAGGAGAGCAUCUCAGAGCACUACAACAGCCAGAUCAGAGCCCUCAUGGAGGAGGACCCAGACAGAUACGUAGAGCUGUUAAAAUUAAUAAAGGAAUUCCGAGAUGAUGAGAUGGAACAUCAUGAUACAGGACUGGAGCACGAUGCUGAAUCUCUACCUGGAUACAAGCUUUUGAAGAGUGCAAUACAACUUGGCUGCACAGCCGCAAUAUUUGUGUCUCAGCGCCUAUAAAGUAAUAAUUAAUUCAGUUUCUCAAAGAUGGUUUUGUAAAGAAUAUAAUGAUUUAAGUGAUGUAAAUGGAUAUGUAAAUUGUAUUAGUAAAGUGAACCUGGCUACUUUAUACAAUAUAAUAGUCAGUGUACUUUUCCAAAAAAGGACUCCCAUAAAAAAUAGUUGUGUUUUUUUGUCCAACUGUAACCCAGCCAAACCAUAUAGGUACCUGCUCAAUGCUGAAACCUCUCUGAGUUGGCAUCCUAGAAUAAGCAAGUUGUCAAAGAGAUAUUGGUGGGAAAGUUGGUGUAAUUCUACCCUCUGUCUGGUCUAGGUGAUGGGGAUAGUGUGUUAUCCUGCUAUGCUAAGGUAUUGUGGUCAUCACUGACAAGAGCUGGAACCUACCUUCCUUAUCAAGUUCAUUUUGUAACAUCAUCGAUACUAAGUAAUGUACUACAUACUGUAAUUACCUAUCUGUCAGGUUUAAUUGUUUGAAUGAUUAAUCACCUUUCCACUGCAACCCCCCCCCCCCCCCAUUGUCACGCCAUCACCAUACCUUUCAACAAACUAUCCUCUUUCACACAUUAUGUGUCAUAAAUCACAAUGAACAAUGGCUUGUCAGUCCAGAUGAAUGGUUAAGCCUCUUACACAGCUGUUCCAGUACAUUAGAUCAGGGUGAAAGAAGGAUUCUCAACUGACGGGUGCUGGCAGGGGGGUCUAGCUAAUCUAUGCCGUUCAGCGCUGCAGAUAAAAGUGUUCCGGUGGUUCGGUUUACUCCCCAGAGACCCCUGUAUUGACUAUAGGGAUUGAAGUGUACUUAUAGUAUGUUCUGUACUGACCUAAUGCCUGAGAUCUGCCCUAGCCACUUCCGAUGCAGGCUAUAGUACACAUCAGUUAGCACAGAGAGAUGUAUUGACCUUCAUUCCACGUGCAAUGUCUACGAUAGAAUGUAAAGUAGCAAAGAGAGAAUACAAAGUAGCUGCGUUGUUGUUGGUGUAACAUAGAGGCUUUAAAGGAACAGUGUGAUAUCAUGUUUUUGACAUGUAUUAUUCUUCGACAGUACCGAUCCUACUUUGGCUCUGUGCCUUGUAUGCGAGGGUGCCUCUGGCAUCCAAGCCACAGCCCACUGAACUGUUUUCUGCCCCUGCUGGGCCAUGAACGGACCGCCGAACUGUUUCCGCCCCCAACCAAGGCCCAUGAACAGCCCACUGAACUGAUUUCUGCCCCAAUGUCGAGAGGUGUGCUUUUGCCUUGACACGAGACGACUGUAGAUGUCUGAAAAAAUCUGACAAACUUUAAUUUGGAAGUGUAACGGCCCUUUAAACUUCACCUAGGCAUUAUGUGUAUGUCUGUGUCAGUGUGUGUUUCGCCACCUGUACCCCAGCUGUUUUCUGCCCCUACCGGCCCACUAAUUAGUCAUUUCUCACUGAGGCCAGGCUGCUGGUUCUCAGGCAGGGAGUUAUUUUCCCCAGCAUGAGUUCAGUGGAGUUUUUUUUAGAUGGGGUGGGUUUACGUAUCAGACCUGACCCUAAAGGUUAACAUGCUGUAACUGGGCUCCUUUUGUGCCCUCUGCCUUAAAAAUAGCUCCUCCCCCCUCAUGUAAAUCACCGAGCGGGCCGGCUGGCACACACCCCAAGAUGGACAAAACUACUCAAACGUAUUACGAGUCCUAUACCGGGAACACUUUGUUUAAACUUUACCCAUCCACCCGGCGUACUAUUAGCAGUCCGCGAUGACUUAUGACGACACAAACAGAGACACGCAUGUAUGUACAGUUGAAGUUGUAAGUUUACUACAUACACCUUAGCCAAAACCAUUUACACUCAGUUUUUCACAAUUAUUUAGUCCUAGUAAAAAAUGCCUGUCUUUGGUCAGUUAGAAUCACCACUUUAUUUUAAGUAUGUGAAAUGUCAGAAUAAUAGUAGAGAGAGAAUUAUUUAUUUCAGAUUUGAUUUCUUUCAUCACAUUCCUAGUGGGUCAGAAGAUUACAUACACUCAAUUAGUAUUUGGUAGUAUAGCAUUUAAAUUGUUUAACUUGGAUCAAAUGUUUCGAGUGGCCUUCCACAAGCUUCCCGCAAUAAGUUGGGUUGAUUUUGGCUCAUUCCUCCUGACAGAGUUGGUGUACCUGAGUCAGGUUUGUAGGCCUCCUUGCUCGCACAUGUUUUUCAGUCCUGCCCACAAAUUUUCUAUAGGUUUGAGGUCAGGGCUUUGUGAUGGUAACUCCAAUACCUUGACUUUGUUGUCCUUAAGCCAUUUUGCCAAAACUUUGGAAGUAUGCUUGGGGUCAUUGUCCAUUUGGAAGACUCAUUUGCGACCAAGCUUUAACUUCCUGACUGAUGUCUUGAGAUGUUGCUUGAAUAUAUCCACAUAAUUGUCCAUCAUGAUGCCAUCUUUUUUGUGAAGUGCACCAGUCCCUCCUGCAGCAAAGCAACCCCACAACAUGAUGCUGCCACCCCCAUGCUUGACGGCUGGGAUGGUGUUCUUUGGCUUGCAAGCCUCCCCCUUUUUCCUCCAAACAUAACGAUGGUCAUUAUGGCCAACAUUUCUAUUUUUGUUUAAUCAGACCAGAGAACAUUUCUCCAAGAAGUACGAUCUUUUGUCUCCGUGUGCAGUUGCAAUCUGUAGUCUGGCUUUUUUAUAGCGGUUUUGGAGUAGUGGCUUCUUCCUUGCUGAGCGGCUUUUCAGGUUAUGUCGAUUUGUUUAACUAUGGAUAUAGAUAGUUGUGUACCUGUUUCCUGCAGAAUCUUCACAAGGGCCUUUGCUGCUGUUCUGGGAUUGAUUUGCACUUUUCGACUCCAAAGUACGUUCAUCUCCAGGAGACAGAACGUGUCUCCUUCCUGAGCGGUAUGACGGCUGUGUGGUCCCAUGGUGUUUAUACUUGCGUACUAUUGUUUGUACAGAUGAACGUGGUACCUUCAGGCGCUUGGAAAUUGUUUCCAAGGAUGAACCAGACUACCAGUACACCUCCAAUUGACUAAAAUUAUGUCAAUUAGCCUAUCAGAGGCUACUAAAGCCAAGACAUCAUUUUCUGGUAUUUUCCAAGCUGUUUAAAGACACAGUCAACUUGGUGUAUGUAAACUUCUGACCCACUGGAAUUGUGAUAUAGUGAUUUAUAAGUUAAAUAAUCUGUGUGUAAACAAUUGUUGGUAAAAAUUAAUAGUGUCAUGAACAAAGUAGAUGCCCUAACCAACUUUCCAAAACUACAGUGCCUUGCGAAAGUAUUCGCCCCCUUGAACUUUGCGACCUUUUGCCACAUUUCAGGCUUCAAACAUAAAGAUAUAAAACUGUAUUUUUUUGUGAAGAAUCAACAACAAGUGGGACACAAUCAUGAAAUGGAAUGACAUUUAUUGGAUAUUUCAAACUUUUUUAACAAAUCAAAAACUGAAAAAUUGGGCGUGCAAAAUUAUUCAGCCCCCUUAAGUUAAUACUUUGUAGCGCCACCUUUUGCUGCGAUUACAGCUGUAAGGUCGCAAAGUUCAAGGGGGCCAAAUACUUUCGCAAGGCACUGUAUAGUUUGUUAACAAGAAAUGUGUGGAGUGGUUGAAACAUACAGUUGAAGUUAUGUAGGUGAAGUCUUUUUUUGGCAUGAUGGGAUACACAGACUGACAUGGAUUGGUUUGCUCUGUGACCUAGUCCAUACCCUCUCCCAUCUUCCUUGGUACUAUGUUCUCAUGUACCUUUUAAUACCUUGUGAUAUCACAGCAUAAAGAUACAAGUGUACCUAUCUGAACAGCCAAUGAGUCUCUUUCAGUAUUAAUAAACGCUGACUUAUAGGCUACCCAUCAUCAAUCAUAAAGUUCCUGCUUUAGCUCUUGUUGCAAAACAGUCUAUAAAUCUGAGGGUUGGACAAACAAAGCGUCUCUGCAAGCCGUGCAUUUGACCUGACUGCAGUUCAGUGUCAUAACUGACUUCAGUGGGCAAAUGCUCACCUUUGAUGGUCACUGGCACGCUGGAGAAGUGCUCUUCAUGGAUGAAUCCUGAUUUUAACUGUAGCAGGCAGAUGGCGGACAGUGUGUAUGGCUUCGUGUGGGGCCGAGCGGUUUGCUGAUGUCAGCGUUAUCGGUGCCACGUGGUGGUAGGGUUAUGGUAUGGGCAGGCGUAAGCUACAGACAACAAACACAAUGACAUUUUAUGAUGUUAACUUGAAUGCACAGAGAUAACGUGACGAGAUCCCGAGGCCCGUUGUUGUGCCAUUCAUCUGCCGCCAUCACCUCAUGUUUCAGCAUGAUAACACACGGCCCCAUGUCGCAGGGAUCUGUACACAAUUCCUGGAAGCUGAAAAUGUUCUUCCAUGGCCUGCAUACUCACCAGACAUGUCACCCAUUGAGCAUGUUUGGGAUACUCUGGAUCGGCGUGUACACAGCAUGUUCAAGUUCCCGCUAAUAUCCAGGAACACAGCCAUUGAAGAGGAGUGGGACAACAUUCCACAGGUCACAAUCAUCAGCAUGAUCGACUCUAUGUGAAGGAGAUGUGCCGCGCUCCAUGAGGCAAAUGGUGGUCACAUGAGGUACUUUUAAGGUAUUUGUGAUCAACAGAUGCGUAUCUGUAUUCCCAGUCAUGUAAAAUCCAUAGAUUACGGCCUAAUUUAUUUAUUUCAAUUGAUUGUCUUCCUUUAUAUGAAUUGUAACUGUAAAAUCUUUGAAAUUGUUGCCUGUCGCGGCUUAUAUUUUCGUUCAGUGUAUGACUUUGCAGCUUUGCACAUGGUUUCAUGUUUUUUUGUGCAACAAUUAGGAGUUGAAUAUCAUUGGAAUUGUGAUAAUAAACUCAGCAAAAAAAUAAACGUC